AUGGAACCACUUUCAGGUUGUGAGAAGUCCACAAGCCUCCAAUCUCGUGGUGACGACUCUGUCGUGUUUGAUGCAAAAGAGCGAAUUGAAUUGUCCACAUCCAAAUCAAAAGACUUGUCAGCACUUGAGACAGAAAAUGGAAUCUCGACCCAAAUUUCAUCCUUCCUUUCCUCGGGUGACAUUGAUGGGAUAGCGGGAGCUACGUCUUCCUCCAAGUAUGGAUAG